AUGCGCGAGCAGGCCAUCUGGAUGCACUCUCUUUCGCGACGCUGGCGCCAGCUGGACUUUGGCCUCGUCCGGAAGCGAGACCAGCGGAACGUGCUGGUGACAAAGGCAAUUCAGGGUGCUAACGGGUGGGCCGACCAUCGCCUCGUCAUCUCCCAAAUGCGGAUUCGCCCACAGCCUCGCAGGAGACCUCGAAGUAGGCCACCCAGGCAAGCUGAAUAUUACUUUGUUGUGUUUGCCUGCUCACCGUUUGCAUUUCAGCAAACGGCCGGAAGAACUGCCAGCUGCAGAUGAAAACGCCUUUGUGGAGACUCGAGGAUGCCGACUACGGGACGUCAUUCAUUUGACCGCUCAGACUGUCCUCAGCCGCGUGCGUCGCCCGCACCAGGACCGGUCCGAGGGCAACUACGCAGCCAUCAGUAACCUGCUUGGCGAGAGGAACAGUCUGCACAGAGCCUACUUCGAUCGUUCAACCGACGCGGACAAAGUGGCCUUCUACCAAUAUCGCCACCUUGCGCAACAGCGGUGGCGCAAAAUACAGGACUCCUGGAUAGCUCACAAGGCCAAGGAGAUCCAGGGGUAUGCCUACCUCAACGAAUCAGCGAACUUCUUCAUUGCAAUCAAGGCGGUUUGUGGCCUUCCAACCGUCCCUUCACCGGCCACCAUCGAUCGACUCUCCCGAGCGAAAGUUAACAUCAAUCUGGACCUCCUGCCCCCUCUCCCUGGAACCAUUCGCGCCGUGCAACAACUCUCCACCGGAAAUGCAUUCGGCUCCGGUGCAAUCACAGCUCAAACCUAG